AUGUUGAGCGCGGCAACCGUCGCGUGCGGCGUGCUGCUGGCCGGCAGGCCUCUGGCGGUCGGCGUCGAUGGCCCGCGCGGCCUGGGCGGCGCGCGCAUGCUGAGUGCCGCGCCGGCGCCGGACGGAUGGCUGGAGACUGCCGCCCGCAAGCCUGCAGUCAGCGCGGAGGAGCUGGCCGAACUCGAGGCGACAGUCGAGAAGGAGCGGGCUGCCUGGAACGCAAAGACGUUCGCAGAGGACUUCUCCACCAGCGACUUCAAUACUGGCCGGGCCGCGCCCUCUCCCGUCGCCAGCUGCGGUGAGGCGCAAGCCGCUGACAGUGCUGCGGAGACCUUGCACCGGUUUGUCAAUGUGGGCUGUGAGGCGGUGGUGCCGCCCGACAGCAUGGUGAUCGGCGAGGGGGGCGCCAAAGAACUCGAGGCCAUCGUCACGGGCGAGGUCAUGCGCCGGAACGCGCGCGAUUACGCCGAGGAUUGGUCCCGCGCCUUUGAGGACCAGCCGGCGAUGCCAAGACGGCGCGAGUGGGAGCAGCUGUCUGCCGCGCUGACUGCCGCCUUUGCCCGGACGGCCGAGGCGCUCGAGCGGCACUGCACGUGGGAGGAGGGUAGGUACACUCGCAACAGCGUGCUGAAGGGCGAUGGCUUUGAGGCCAUGGACGUGCACAGUGGCAUGCGCUCGAACUGCUUCAUGAAAGUGCUGCGGGGGAGCCUGGUCGAGACCACGUACGAACAGAUCUCUCGACAUGGCAGCAAGCCUGCGGUGCGUGAGGGGACAGCGCGGUCGUUGCCUGCCGGCGCCGACGCGUAUAUCAACGACGACUUUGGCGUCCACAAGGUUCAGAAUCCAUCGCCCACCUCUGGCGCCGUCUCGAUCCACGUCUACGCGCCCGGGUGGACGUCGGUGCAGCUCUACGACGAGUGCUCGGACGAUGUCGUGCAUCUGGCAGAGUCGCCCGCCGCUGCCAUGCCGGAAGGGCAGGUUGCAGAGGGCUGGAAUCACUGGAAGGACAACUCCAACAUCUGA